ACAUCUGGUGUGGGGGGAAAAAAAAACAAGCCCAGUCUGUGAGACCAGCUCUUUCCUAAACCCGUCGCCCACAUAUAGGAAGCUGAGCACUCAUUUUCUUCUUCCCCUCGGUAGGGUAUUACAUUUAAAACCGUCUCAAGUGAAAUCAUCUUUACCAGAGAGACUGACGUCAAAUUCUCCUGAGUUUUUCUUUUUAGGUAGGCAAGGAUAUUCCAAUACAGUAGCCGUUUCAGUUUUAAUUAAGAUGAAUCGACUUUUUCUUUUUAAAAGGCUUGGUAUACGAUUUCUAUUUCUUUAACCCGCUGACAAGGAGAUGUUGGGUAACUGUCACGUCGACCAUUUAAACUGGAUCUCAAAAGAAAGUGCCUGGAGUUCACCAGACACUGAGGAGGCUGCAGCAGGUUUUGACUGAACCAUGGAGCAGAGCUUCGGAUCCGAAGCUCUAUUUCAGGUCUCCAAACGGAACCUUCCAGGAUCUUCCCGGGACAGCGGGCGCCGUGAAGUACUGGACGCCUUAAAGAUGGAGACGGCUAAAACGAAAGAGAUCAUUCGGAAGCUUCUCUCGGGUCCCUGCACAUCCCGGCUGUCGGACGCGGGUCUGCCCCACGCGUGCUCUUCCGACGCAGCGAAGGACGACAGGCUGAUGGACUCGCACACGAGCUCGGGGAAGGAGCGCUGGAAGGAGAACUCCGUCUCCUCCCUUAGCUGUGAAACUCCUAGAGUAUCCAAGAAAGAUGCCUCGUUACGAAGGCGCCUGCUCAUGUCGAAAGCAGCCUCUGGUGGGAAAGGAGGCUAUGCGAGGACAUCGCGCAACAAGGACUUGACAUCUUCAAGCAUUCCCAGUAUCGAAGAGGAAUAUUCCUUUGGGCGUUUGGAUUCUCCGGGCCCCAAAUGCUUUGAGGCUUUAGUAACCAGCACUUUAAAAGCUGAAGAACCGGCUUCCUGCAGAAAACGCCGUCUCAUGUUCUCCCAGAACAGAACCUCGACGCUUGAAGAUGAAAAGAACGCAGGCCUCCAGCCUUCAGUGAGCGAAUACCCCAGUCCGGUGCUCCUUGGCACAGACGCAGAUCUUGAUGAAAGCAUUAUUUCUUGUUUCCCAGAUGAAUAUCUUGCCCCAGAAUUGCUAGAGACUCCCUGUUCUGAGAAGCUUCCUGGAACCGCGAGGGAAGACUUUAAAACUCCUGUACACAGUCUUGCCACAAACUUAAGUGAGAACUUGUCGGUCUUAAGCAGUCCAUCGUUGACCCCCAUUGUGAACUUUGAUGCCUCAGCCAACGAGGAUAGCGGCUUCAGCUCUCUGGGUCUGGAUAAGUCGCAGGAUUCUUUGGAUGACCAUGAUGGCUCAUUCCAGGAACUGCUGCAGCCAGUCAGAACAAGGGAAACUCCCAAACUCUCGGAAACUAAGAGGAGGUCCAGACUGGAACGGCAUCGCAGGCUCUCGACACUUAGAGAGCGAGGGUCCCAGUCUGAGGAAGAGGUCAAUAACUUGGACUCUGCGCCUCAAGAUGCAAAGUCCCAGUUCAGAGGACAAAAGGUACUUAUUUCAAAGGAAGGCGACAAAUUAUUUUUAACUGAAACGCCAAGAAAUAAAAGCACUUUAAGACACGAGGAUUUCGCAAGAACGCCUGCCCUCCAGAUGGUACAUGCAAUUUGCCGGAGGAGUGUGAACAGGCUGCCAGAGCAAACCAGCUUGGAGGAUUUACUGGGAACGUCUGGGGGUUCUGAGUUGUGUAAGACUACGAUGCCUCUGGAGGGACUAAUAGGAAGGAAGAUGGGACUGGAAAAAGUUGACAUCCUUGCAGAGCUCAACCUGAGGAACUUGAGACAUGUUUUAGCAAUGAUACUAAAUCUGCUUUCUGCAGAAGAUAUUUACAGAUUUGGCCAGGUGUCUGAUGUCUGGGAUGAAAUCGUUUUGCAAGACAAAAUCAUUCACCGCAGACGAAAAUCAUACCUGAAAGAUCUGAAAUUGGCUGCUGAGGAGGGUAGCGCUGUCCGUGUUCCAGAUGCAGAAACAAGGUUGAAUCUCCUGAGCCGGUCUGCUCUCAAGUCUGUGCAAGCACAGGCCAAGACCCCUAGUUCUCAGACUGCUAGAUCUUCCAAACAGCCUUUCACACCAGUUGAGUGCAACACGGCCCAUUCAGGAAGUAAACAAGAUGAGUUUAUAAGGGUGGCCAAGACCCUGUUUAAUGAUGAGUCUCUAAGACCUUGUCCCAGGUGCCAGCGUCCUGCUAAAUGUCACCCUGUGAAGAAGCAGGGAGUGUGCAGUCAGGAGGCCUGCGCCUUUCAUUUUUGCACAGACUGCUUGAGUGCCUUUCAUGGGUCCAAGGAAUGUGGCAGCCGGUCUGCAAAACGCCGAACCAAAAAGGAGGUGCUUCCAGGAAGCGCGCAGAGCAAGCGCAACUUAAAAAGAUUAUAAAUGUCUGUACAAAAGCACUAAAUGUAUAUAUGCUUUUCUAGAAUAUCGUACUUUUUUAAAAUUAUGCGUCUGUAUAAUGUGUGUACUCAGAUCUUGGAAUCAUAGAAACCAAAUUAGCUAGUAAGUGUUUUAAUGUCUUUUAAUCGGUUUGAGUGUUUCAUAGUCUGCAAACGGGUUUCUUUGUAUAUAAGUUUUAAUGGCAUGCCUGUACAGUUCUUCCU